UAUUUAUGCGACACUGCAGGAAAUCCAUCCAUGAUCCAGUUCAACUCGUUGCUCUCGAGCCAGGCAUGUGCUGAAAUCAAUACAAAUUUAUAAAAAAUAAAAUAUAUUAAAAGGUAAAAUUGGUAUUUUGCUGUUGCUGUUAGGAAAUAAAAGAAAAAAUGAAGUACAUACUAGUGACUGGUGGAGUAAUUAGCGGUAUUGGCAAGGGAGUUAUUGCAAGUUCAUUUGGGACAAUAUUAAAAGAAUGCGGAAUUGCUGUGACGUCGAUUAAAAUUGAUCCGUAUAUUAAUAUUGAUGCUGGAACAUUUUCUCCGUAUGAGCAUGGUGAAGUUUACGUCCUUGACGAUGGUGGAGAAGUGGACCUUGACCUCGGUAACUACGAGCGAUUCCUGGAUAUUACCUUGCACCGUGACAACAACAUAACCACCGGCAAAGUGUACCAGCAUGUCAUCAACAAGGAGCGCCAUGGUGACUACCUCGGCAAAACAGUCCAAGUGGUGCCUCACAUAACCGACUGCAUCCAAGAAUGGGUCGAAAGAGUGUCCCAGCAGCCGGUAACAGAGUCCAACAGUCAACCUCGGGUCUGUGUAAUAGAACUCGGCGGGACAAUAGGAGACAUAGAGGGCAUGCCUUUUGUAGAAGCGUUCCGUCAGUUCCAGUUCCGCGUCAAAAAAGAGAACUUCUGCGUGGCGCACGUGUCGCUUGUUCCACAACCACGGAGCACAGGCGAGCCUAAAACAAAGCCGACUCAAGCUUCAGUUCGGGAACUUCGCGGCCUGGGCCUAUCACCUGAUUUGAUAGUCUGCCGCUCGGAGCAGCCAAUCGGGCCCUCAGUUAAAGACAAAGUAUCCAACUUCUGCCACGUGGCUCCGGAACAAGUCAUCACAAUCCACGAUCUCAGCUCCAUCUAUCGUGUUCCAUUAUUAAUGGAGUCUCAAGGAGUCAUCGAGUUCCUCAACGAGCGGCUGCAGCUGGAUCUUCCGCACGUAGGGCCAGAAAGGCCAAGGAGCUUCAUGCGCAAGUGGCGCGACCUAGCGGAUAGAUUUGACCACCUGAGAAAAGAAGUCAAUAUUGCUCUUGUUGGGAAAUAUACUAAGUUAGAAGACGCUUAUGCUUCUGUUACUAAAGCGUUGCAGCAUGCGAGCUUAGAAGUGGGUUAUAAAUUGAAUUUAACUUACAUUGAAGCGGCUAAUUUGGAAAAUGGAACUCUUGCGGAAAAUCCUGUGCUUUAUCACGAAGCUUGGCAGAAAUUGUGCAAGAGCGAUGGCGUUAUUGUUCCCGGAGGGUUUGGCAAGAGAGGAAUUGAGGGAAAAAUUUCAGCUUGUAAGUGGUGCAGGGUCAAUUCUAAACCGAUGUUGGGAAUUUGUCUGGGAUUGCAAGUCGCUGUUAUUGAAUUUGCGAGGAAUGUUUUGGGACUGGAAGCUGCUAAUAGUAUGGAGAUUAAUCCUGAGACAGAGCAUCCGGUUAUUGUUGAUAUGCCGGAGUAUAAUGGCGAUGAGAAAGGAGGGACUAUGAGGUUGGGCAAAAGAUUUACCAAAUUCAAAGAAUCAACACCAUCUGUGAUAAAAGCCCUAUACGGAAGCGUCGACGGAGUAGAAGAGCGACAUCGCCACAGGUACGAAGUAAACCCAGCGUUUGUGAGCAACCUCGAAGCCGCGGGGCUUAAAUUUGUUGGCCAGGACACAACCGGCCAGAGGAUGGAAAUAAUUGAGCUAGAAGGUCACGAUUAUUAUGUAGCUACUCAGUAUCAUCCUGAGUACUUGUCCAGGCCGAUGAAACCUUCAGCACCCUUCUUAGGGCUGAUUUUAGCUAGUGUUGGAAAAUUAAAAAGCUACUUAGCAAAAGGGUGCCGACUUACCCCCAGGAACUUGAGCGACAAUGACAGUGAUGAGGAGGAACAGAAAAUUGUCAAGGCCAAGGAGACUAAGUCAGAUUAAACCUGAAAAAAAAAAAAAAA